AUGAGGGUUUUCUCAAAGCAAGACGAUCAGAAUACUCUUUACUCGAUACACAUCUCAGGUCUGUUCAGCGACAUUACAGAUAUCGAAAUGCACGCAGGCGCCGAGAAAGGCUACCAGGAACUUGGCAGCUGUCGCUUCAACAAAUUCCGCACAUCUCAAAUCCAAUUUCGCCUAAAUGACGAACACCCAUCAAAGAUGCUAUCAGUGCAAGAUCACGCCUACUACCGCUGGACUAUGGAUGCCUCUCACCGUGUCGAUGGGAUACUGCAGAAAUCAAAGCAGCAUUUUGUCUGGAAAAGAGCCGCGCAGAGUGCAAGCAUCUCAAAUACCACGGGCGUGCUAGACUUAGAAUUAUGUGAUGCCGACAACCUUCAAGGAAAGCUCAAUCUAUAUUUAUAA